AUGAAUGACAGUGAGAAACCACCGACAACAACAUCAAAAAAUCAUGAUGAUGAGACACGAGAUCGACCUUCUAAAGAAGAGGAAUUAACAUCCCAGACGCUUCGCCAAAGUAGAGAUCAUACCCAAUCAGGAGAUACAGACGAUGACGAUGACACACCCGGUUCUGAAGAUGGUGUCGAAGAAGAAGACGAACCUCGAGACCUCGAAACACUCUCGCGAGUGUCUAGCGGCCCACCUUAUAGCAUCUUUUCGCCCUCCAUGAUACGAUGGAUAGUCUUUAUGAACUGUAUCUCGGCUUUCAUAUCGCCUAUCACAGCAAACAUAUACUUUCCGGCCAUCCCAGCCUUAUCACAAGACCUCGGUGUAACCGUUGCACAGAUCAAUUUGACGUUGACGACUUAUAUGAUCUUUCAAGGCUUGGCACCUACUUUCUUCGGCGAUUUCGCUGACGUCGCCGGAAGACGCCCGGCUUUUAUUAUUGCCUUCACCCUUUACCUUGGCGCCAACAUUGGUUUGGCCCUGCAGCGGAAUUAUGCUGCCUUGCUUGUCCUCCGGAUGCUGCAGAGUAGUGGGAGUAGUGGUACACUCGCCCUCGUUUAUGCGGUGGUUGCGGAUAUCGCCCCAACCUCCGAGCGAGGAAAAUAUAUGGGCAUCGUCGGAGCAGGUUUAACCAUAGGACCUGCUCUCGGUCCAAUUAUUGGCGGGUUACUAUCCCAAUACCUUGGAUGGCCAGCUAUAUUCUGGUUCUUAUGCAUUCUUGCCGUUGUAUGGAUGGUUCCCUACGUAUUGGCGGUCCCAGAGACAGGGAGAAAGGUCGUAGGGAACGGAUCUAUUCCACCACAGGGUUGGAACAUGACACUUCUUGACUACAUCCGAUUCAGACGCGAGGCCCGGAACCAGCCAACCGGCCAGGUGAAACAGAAGCUCCGGCUCCCCAACCCUUUCAAUACUCUUGCUGUUGUAGGCAAUAAGGAUAUGGCCAUGAUCUUGUUCUAUAAUGCCUCUCUCUAUAUAGGCUUCAUGAUCGUCACGUCCACUCUCGCUUCUCAGUUUGCCGAUAUUUACCACUACAACGACAUCCAGUUAGGGUUGUGUUAUUUGCCGAUUGGUGGAGCAACCACAGUUUCGUCAAUCUGCAAUGGUUAUAUGAUAGACUGGAAUUUUCGACGUAUAGCUAAAAAGUUGGGCGUCAGCAUUGACCGGAAACGUGGAAACGAUCUCAAAGGCUUUCCUAUUGAGAAAGCCCGUCUCCAACUGGUUUACCCGCUAGUUAUUAUUGGGGCUUUAGUAUAUAUCGGCUUCGGCUGGGCGCUACAUUACGAAGUCCAUGUAGCUGUUCCUCUCAUACUAUCAUUCUUCAUCGGGAUAUGUGUCACCGGACCUUUCCAGAUCAUAAACGUUCUGAUUGUUGAUCUUUAUCCCGGAGCCCCAGCGACGGCGACUGCUGCGAACAACCUGUGCCGAUGCUUGUCUGGUGCUGUAGCGACGGCAGUAAUACAAUACAUAAUCGACGCCUGGGGAAGAGGAUGGGCUUACACGUUCAUCGCCCUUAUAUUUACGUCGUUCUCUCCCGCUCUAUGGGUUAUUCAGAAAUACGGGCCUAAGUGGAGAGAAGAACGCGUAGAGAGGAUGAGGCAAGCCGUAGAGAAAAAGGAGAUAGAAGCCAAAGGAAGGAAAACGUUGUAG